AUGUCUACGGCGACGCCCAACACAUCGCUUUACAUUAAAAAUAUCAAUACAAAGGUUAAGAAACCAGAACUUCGUCGUCAGCUAUACAGCUUAUUCGGCAGUUACGGCAAAGUACUCGAUGUCGUCGCCACAAGGGCAGAUGGUAUGCGUGGACAAGCUUUUAUCGUGUUCCGCGACUUACAGAGUGCGACGGCAGCAUUAAGGGCGCUAGAUGGAUUUGAAUUUUACGAAAAACCAUUGGUCCUGGAAUAUGCACGAACACGAUCCAAGGCUACUAUUGUAGCAGAGCAUGGCCAAGAGGCCUUGCUACGACCUGAUCUAAUAUACAAAAAUGCCGAUGGUACAAUGAUCAGUGAUCGCGUAACCUUCUCUAAUGCGCAAGGCGAUGCGCAGGGCCUCGAAAGGAAACGUGCGCGCGACGGCUCUGCCAAUGCCACGGGGGCGCAUGCAUCUAUGCCAAGCCCUACGUUUGAAUCUACUGAACGGCCAACCAAAGCACCGCGAACAGAUCAGGCGCCUACUACAACUACCGAUACGGAGGAAAAGGAGGAGAGCGACGACGACGAUGACGCCAUGGAAAUCGGCAACUCGGACGACGACCAGUAG